AUGUCUUCCUCCUCAUCGCGACUGGUGUCUGCUGCAUCGUUUUUCCUGCUGGCAGUGACCGUCGAAGCGCGAUACUACUCACAAAAUGGCUACUAUGGCAGGCGGAUCGCCGGCGGUGGGAUCGCGGGUAUCGUCAUAGGCGCCAUCGUGUUCUGCCUCCUCCUCUGCCUCUGCUGCGCGUUCUGCAUCCGCGGCCGGCGGCGCAGAGCCGCCGGUGCGCCAGCGACCACCAGCGCCGUGUUCGGCUCGCCCUGGCGCAGGAGCAGCGGCGCGACAGCCGGCACCGCCGAGGCGGGGUACGGAAACCCACAGCCUGGGUGGAACAAUAACGCUGGGACUGCCUACGGCGGGCAAAACAUGGCCGGAGGCGGGUACCAGCCGCCGCUUGGUGCACCACCACCGAAUGCCAACGUCGGAGGAGCGGGCACGCCGCUGCCUCAGUACGAACCGAAGCAGAGCGGAUUUGCUCCAGUAAGCCACCGUUGGCUGACGGCGAAUGUGACAGCCCCCUGGAUCUCCACCGGCGGCGCAUACGAGACACUGAGUGCGCUCAUGCUUCAGCUCUGCCCGCCCCUUCUUGUUGACAGAUCACGAUACCCGGUAAUGUUUUUGUUUUCAUUGACCCUCGCGUAUGCUGUGGAGCCCUGA